UUUAGCAGAGAGCCCAGAACAGCUAACAGGGGCCACAUCAUGGGCCCUCACUUCCCCUUUAAUCUAAUGGGAAUCUCCCAGGAACCCACUGAGCCAGUGAUGGGGAACCAGGAUCCAGAUCAGCUGCAUGAGACAAUCCUGACUCUCACACUGGAGAUUAUCUACCUGCUGACUGGAGAGGGCUACAGUGUUACAAAGAAGUCAGGUGCUGACAUGCCCCUCCCACAGAGCUGCACUGACUGUAUGUUGGGAGGAGCCUGCAGGCACCAUGUGACCAGCCCAACGGUGGCCCCUCCCCCUGGCUCCGUCAUACAGAAGGAAAAUGCCAAGAAGAUCCUGGAACUGAUGUCCAACAUCAUCCAGCUGCUGACUGGAGAGGUUGCCAUAAGGUGUGAGGACGUCUCCCUCUAUUUCUCCUUGGAGGAGUGGCAGUAUUUAAAGGGGAACAAGACCCGUUACAGGGAAGUGAUAAAGGAGAACUGGGAGCAGCUCCGCCCACUGGGCUGUGGGCAUGAAGAUGUUAAUGACAUUAAACCUGAUCCUGAAGCAAGAUGGGACCCCAGUGAUCCCCCAAAUGCUUCCCCAACUGAUCUGCAAACACUGACCAACUGCAUCUCUCAUGGGAUUAAAGAGGAACUGACUUCAUGGGCAGAUUGGACCAUUAACCCCACUACAGAACAGAUACCGGGGGCAGACCCAGCUGUUGGUAGCGUGGCAUCCAAUCAAAGUAACAGCCUUGCACCUGAUCAUAUCUCUCAUGGGAUUAAAGGGGAAGCAAAUUCUUGGGGAGAAGGAAACCCCCCAAAUCCUGAGAUAUCCCCAACUGAUCCCCAAACACCGACCAACUGUAUCUCUCAUGGGAUUAAAGGGGAAGCAGAUUCCUGGGAAGAAGGAAACCCCCCAAAUCCUGAGAUUUCCCCAACUGAUCCCCAAACACUGACCAUCUGUAUCUCUCAUGGGAUUAAAGGGGAAGCAGAUUCCUGGGGAGAAGGAAACCCCCCAAAUCCUGAGAUAUCCCCAACUGAUCCCCAAACACCGACCACUGUAUCUCUCGUGGGAUUAACAGGGACGUGGUUUCAUGGGCAGAAGGAGAGCUGUCGGGUCAGAACUGUGAUAGAGAAGAGAUUGGGGGGGCAGUGGUAGCUGGGGGUAUCAGGGGGCACAGAGGGAAGAAGAGAGAAGCUGCAGGGCAGCGGGGCAUGUGCCCGGGGGAGAGACCCUACUCAUGCAGUGAGUGUGGGAAAAGCUUUAAGAGUAAGAACACUUUCCGGGCUCACCGGCGGCUGCACGUGACCGACAAGAAGUUCUGUUGUUGUGAAUGUGGCAAAGGCUUUGGCCACGCCGUGCCCUAUAAGAGGCACCUCAGGAGUCACGACACCUCCAGGUUAAUUCCCUGCCCUGAGUGUGGCAAGUGCCUGAGCAGCCAGUAUUAUGUGAAUGUGCACAUGCGGGCACACAAGGGAGACAAACCCAUCUCCUGUUCUGAGUGCGGCAAGUGCUUUGUGAAUGAGGCCGCUCUCCGUGGCCACGCGCAGUCUCACACGUGGGACAAACCCUUCGCAUGUUCUGAGUGUGGGAAGCGCUUCCAGGGGCAGCAGAAACUGGCCGAUCAUAUCAACACUCACUGGGGAGAGAAGCCGUAUCCAUGGCCGGAAUGUGGCAGAGGCUUCAUACACAAAUCCUCCAUUAAAGCUCACAGGAAAAGCCACAGAAAGCGCCACCUAGAGGUGAGUGUGGGGAAGGUUCUGCUGAACGGCCAAAGUGCAAGGAAAAGACUGAACAUAUUUGUUAUGUUUGUGGCAAAUGCUUUGGGCUUCAGAGCCACAUGAAGAGGCACAUGAAGAGCCACGUGGGCAAGGAGCCAUUCUCUUGCUCCGAGUGUGGCAAAGGCUUCUGGCUCCCAGGUGAUCUCAGCACUCACCUCCAAACUCACACUUACUGAUUGGCUCCUCCCUUUUUCUUGUCUCCCAUGUGAGUUCUUUGAGCCGCCAGGUGACUGGAUCAAUCCUAUUGGCCAUACACUUUGGACAAAAGUGAGUAUGUGAUUGUGCAGCCUAUCACAGUCAACCUUGUUGGAAUGUCACUAUACUAUGGGGACAUACCCUUGCAGCCAAUCAGUGGCUUCAGCCAACCCACAUUUCUCCUAUACCAAGAGAUUUAUUCUGCCCCUUUAAAUGGACAGGUAAUAAAUACCCCUCUUUAACUCCCAAUAUUCAUUCCCAAUCCCACUGGCCCUGUGUUGUUAUCCAGGUUUUACCUUUGCAACUCAACUGGUUCCCCUAAGUAUGCUGGCUUCAAAAAGGGAAACAUGAAAAGAGUUAGAGAUUUUAAAAUUGUCAGUUAGCUUGAGGCAGGGAGAAGAAGGGUUAAUAAUCUCCAUUAUAGGAUAUGGAUGGACCAAUAAACCUGGGUCCCAGUUUAAGAGAUGGAACCUUAAGUCUAAUAUUUUUUGUAGAUAACCAAACCUUGUUUCCAACCUGAUAUUUGGGAGCUUCCCUACGAGUCCUGUCGGCUGCUCUCUUUUGCGCGGAAGUAGCUGCCAAAAGGGAAUCAAGUACCCCACUCCAAAUCUUCGAAAAAUGUGUAAAAGAAGAGUUAACCGAGGGUACAGAAGAUAAACGACCACAUUAUGAAAAGGCUUUAGCAUGCAAACCAUUAACAAUAAAAAGUGGAGAUUGUCCAGUAGAUGUAUUAUUAUAGGCAAACUCUGCCCAAGGUAACAGCUCAGCCCAUAAAGAUUGAUUAUCAGAAACACAACAUCUUAAAAAUUGUUCUAAGGACUGGUUCACUUCUUCUGUCUGACCAUUGGUUUGAGGGUGAUAUGCAGAGGAAAAGGACAACUUGGAAACAAAUUGUACUCCCCUGUCAGACAGUAAAACCAUGUAAUUUGAAGAUAUUAGAAAUAAACAAUUCAGCUAACAUUUUAGCAGAAGGAAUGUGGGGCAAAGGAAUAAAGUGACUCAUCUUACUGAACCCACCACAACCCAAAUUACCGUAUUACCUUGGGAAAUAGGAAGAUCAACAAAAUC